AGAACAGCGAAAGUACCAAGGGAAGAGGUAAAAAGUCAAAAACAGAACAAACGAAGCAAAGGUCAAAACACAGAGGAUAAUCAAACAGCGCACCAAACUGCCUGCUGCUCACUGCUCAGUGUAUGGUGGGUGAGAUCAACUGAAAGACUUCUGGGAAAUCUUAAGGAAGGUGUGGCCUAUUUUACUUUGAACAGUGGGUUACGACUUUCUGAGCACUGUCACUGAAGAACAUUUUCUGAACCUCCUACACAGCGAGCAGUGCAGAGACGUGUUUCAGAGCUUCCACUGAUGAUGAAGUGUCUCCUGAUCCUUCUUAGAAUCUCACUGAUUCUUCUCCUGGCCUUCAGCUCACUGGCCUCCUGCAGGCUGGUGGCUAAUUUUUUGGCUGCUCCACCAAAUGGCUGUCCUCAGUUCUUCCUGAACACUCCUAAUGGCCGUGUUACACCCACCAUUCUGCAGGGCCCAAAUCAGCGUUAUCGGCAGAUCUGUCAGGAACAUUUGGGUGUUGAUAGAUUUGCCACUCUUUAUGAUACUCAGAGUAGGAUUCCUGUGUACUCUGCCUACCUACAUGUUCAUCAUGCACAAGUCGUUAGAAAUGAUCAAUGGCGGCAAGAACUGGGCCUCACCAAUGAUCAGCAGGCUACCAAUAAUGAUUAUGCAAACAGUGGAAUGCAAAAGGGUCAUUUAUAUCCUGUCUACCAUAAUGAUAAUAAUGUUCAAGCGGACGCAACCUUCACCCUGACCAAUGCAGCACCACAAGCUCAAGCUUUCAACAAUCAAUGGUUCCACCAGGUUGAGCAACCAAUAAAUCAGCACAUCGAGAACAACUGUAGAGGGAACCCUGCUUACAUUGUAACAGGAGUGAUACCAUCUCAAAACACUAUCAACAACAGAGUUAGAGUGGCCAGUCACUUCUGGACAGCAUACUGCUGCCGGGACAACAAUGGACAUGUAGCAAGUGGAGGUGCCCUCGCAUGGUGGAAUGGUGCUUUGCAGCUCACACCCUAUGGAAAUGCACAAAUCCAACUCCUGGAGCAACAGCUGACCAACCUCUAUAAUAUACCUUUCCAGGUGUUUGGAGGCCACUGUUAAUGGGUUAAUGAUGGACUGACACAAAUGUCAUUAUACCCAAUACUGCUUUGCAUGCUUUUUAUGAAAUUAAUGGAUUUUAUUCUAUACUUUUAUUUUAUUAUUCUUAAGCAAUUCAAAAUGAUUGUGAAGCACCUUGAAGAGUAGCCUAAAAUGAA